UCUAUCGUUAUCUCAUUACUUAUCAACACUCGUGCCUGGUAUCACCGCAGGUAAAACGCUGAUGAUGAACGUUGUUGUUACGGCACAUUGGUGUACGGACAAAAUCGCAAUAGCCAAUGAUGUUGUAAUCAACAAGUGAUCAACAAGUGGUGUGUGCGCGUUUUAGUGUUCGUGUCGUGAGAAUAACAAAAACACCGUCGUUUCGUCUUAAAAAGUUGUUGUUUUAUUAUUAUUAUUAUUAUUAUUAUUAUUAUUAUUAUUAUUAUUAUUAUUUUUACUAUUCGGUUCAUUAUCAUCAGCGAAUUACAAAGGAUCAUCGAGGUAAAAACAUUUAUUGCGCAUUUAAGUUGUAAAAAAACAUUAUAAUAUACGUGCAUAUCUAUUAUACUAUUAUAAUAUAGUACGCGUGACAUAUUUCGGCAGCGCAAUAUCGAAAUAUUUUAUCUCGAUUCGUAUAAUAUAGUAAUAAUAUGUAUUUAAAUUGUCCAACGUGCGUGAUAAGAGUGUCGUACGAAUUAAAUAUUCUAAGGAUAGGCACAAAUAAAAAAAAAAACGGUAUUCAGCAACCAAAACGUUAUGUCACAUUAGGAUGAUAUUGCCACAGAUUAUAUGAAACAAUGUUGUUUUAUGUGCCUAUGCGACACACGGUAAUCACCUAGAUGUAAUAUUUUUUUAAAAAAUUCAUUUGAUUAUUAUGAUUUUAUUUUACGUUAAGUUUUGUAAUUAAUUAAUUAAUCAUUAAUCUGCUACAAAUAAUAUUAUACUAUUUAUUAGACAGUUAUGUACCUAUAUACUUAAUAAUACACAUACAUUGACACACACACACACACACAUCAUAAAUUAUAUCGCAUUCGACUUCAUAAUAUAGAACUAAGUUUUAUCGUUAAAUCUAUUUGCUGUUUACUUAACCAAGUGUAAACAUUUUUUCAAUUAAAAAUCAAUAAUGGCAAUGUAGUAAUUUAUUAAUAUGCUCAUUAUUGUAUAAUGUGUAUUUUCAAAGAUAAAAUAACUAUUGUAACAUCAUUUCACAUUCUUUAUUUGUAGUCACUUUUAUAGCCAAUAUCAUUAACAAUAAAGUAUCUAUCGAAUCACUUUUUUUUUUUUUUUUCUAACAUUUAAAUAAAUAUUUUUUGAUUUCAUUUUAUAGGUAGAUAAUUUAUUGAUAUUUUUUAAUAAAAUAGUAUUGACAUUUAAAUUUUAAAUAAUUCAUUAAAAUAAAAAUAUGUUUCUAAAUAUAUAAUAAUGUAUUCCAGGUGUUUUCUAUGUGUCCUUGAAUUAAAACUACCUACCGAGGUAUGUAUAGAGUAUGUGCACCUGCAUACUUAUAGUUUGUAGCUUGGUAUUACACUAUAUUUACUAGGUAGUCGGUACUAAAAUAUAUAACAUAUCAUUACCUAUUUGCUAGUUAAUAUAAUACUGGUAAUAUACAUUAAUUUAAAAAUCUACUAGAGUGAUAUAAGUAGAUGAAAAUUAGUUUUAUUAUUAUUAAUUAUUAUCUGUUUGUUAAAUUUAAAUGGGGUUUUAGGCAAAGUACAGGGCAGUUAAUUGUGGGCAGUAUAAUUGAUUAUAUUAUCAAUAAUUUUUUACUGGGAAAUCCAGUUAUUAAAUAUUAUGAUACAAUCAAAAUAAUAUAGAUAUGUAUUUUAGUAUACAAUAUAAUUAAAUAAAUGAAAGAAUGUUUAUAUUAAUACAACUGAAAAAUAAUUGAAUAUCAGUCUGUAGGCAUUUAUUUUGAACAUUAAUUUAGUCUUCAUAAAAAAUUAUUCUAAAAUAAAAGAUGAAAUAAAAAUUCAAAAGUUGUAUACAAGAAUAUAAUAUAUUAUAGUCAUAUUUAAUGUAAUAUUCUAUAAUUAUAAUUUUUGUAUAUUUCUUUUAAGUUAUAUUUUUAAAAUCAUUUCAAAAUUUUGACCUUUGAUAGUAUGAUUUUGAUUAUUUAUCUUUUUUCUUACUCAAUAUUUUAAUCAACUAUAUUAACACAAUUUCGAUAAAUAAUAAAACUAUAUUAUUUCUACGAAGAUUUGAUUUUGUAUUUAAAUUUUUCCAAAGCUAUUUGUAGUCUAUGUUUAUUAAAUAUAUAAAUGUAUCAUUUUGUACAAUUUUAGUGACUUCCUCUAGACAAAAGAACUUGAACUUGUAAAUAAAAGUUGUUUUAUAGACUGAUUGAAAUAAUAAAAGUUUGAAUUUCAGUAUCUAUUUUAGCAUGUUGUAAGAUGGGAGCAGGGAAUUUAUUUAGCUAGGGAACUUCACUAAUGAAGCCAGAGAGUGAAAUUUUAUAUGUGUAGGGUGUUAGUAUCAAGGAUAUCCCUGUUUGGCUGUUUCAAUUUUCAACCCUUUCCCCUACCUUAUGCACAAAUUUCAGAAUUUUUUUGGAAAUAGUAUAAUAUUGUAUAGUAUAGUUUAUUAUUGUAUUAUUAUUAUUUGCCUAUUUAUUGUUUACAAAGAAUAUUUCUAUAAUACAAUAUAAGCGAGGGGAAAUUUGUCUAGGUACCUACAUGUUAAAGAUUUCAAAAUAAAAUAAAUUGUCUUUCAUUUACUUUCUAACAAAUUAAUACAGUAAACAGUUUUUAAAUAGUAUUUUAACAACAAUUGUUAUUUAAAUGCUAUUCAAAUAGGUAUACAUUUGGUUAACCAGUAUUCCUCUAAAACAUCUAUAGUACAUUAAUAUCAUAUCAUCAUAAAUAAAAUUGAUUACCAUUAAUUGUGGUAAAAAUCUAAAAAAAAAUUAUUUUUCUUUUAUCUAAAUAAAGAAUGUGAGUCUUUCUUUUUAAUUUUGUCUGCAUUAAUUUAAAAUUACAUUGUUACAUUACAAGUUGUGUUUAUAUUAUAUUAUAAUUUUGUUUUUGUUUUUGUUUAUAAUAGUAGGUCAUUCGAACGAGUUAUUAAAUUCUUAGAACAAUAAUUAACAUACCUAUUUAAUUUGAAAUAAUAAUUUUAAAUAGUUUAUAGUUAUUUUUAUUUAAAUAUUAGUUUUGUAAUUGUAUACUAUAUAUAUCUCUGUAAUUCUUAUCUAGUUGAAAAGAUUUAAUAUUAUUUUUGUUUAUUAAGUACCUACACUUUUUGUGUAAUAUUAUCUUAUUUAAAUAUUCGCAUUCCUUUAUAAUAAUGCUAAGUUAAAUAUAUUGAUUAUAUACAUUCUAUGAAUUUAAUUUACACGUGAUUUUAAUAGUUGUUUUUCAUUUUCAGAUGAGUCAUGGAGAAUUCUGACUAUCGUCCAUUGCCACCUCCAAGAAAUAGUAUUAAUAAUCAAUGUAAAAAGAAGCUACCAGUACCAUUACCUCGACAACAUGUAAACCUUAAUAAUAGUAUUUUGAAUGAUGGCUCAAGCUCAACAUCUUCCGCCCUAAAGGAUACAACUGUUUUGCUCAGAAAACAUAUCAAAUCAGAAUUUAAAAUGGCAUCAGAAAAUAUUCAAGAGCGGAAACGAUCAGUACUCGAAAAUACUAGAAGUAUGAGUAUUUGUAUUGAAAAAUCUCUUCGCAACUUUUUGCCUAGACCUGUACGACGACACACAAUAAGUCAAACAUCUGAAGAUUUUAAACCAUAUACAUGUGAAUCUCCGAUUGACAAUGACAUAUUUUCUUCAUUGAGUUUUGACUCUCCAAUACCAUCAGAUAGUAACUCAGAUCGAUCGUUUAGUAAUUAUUAUACAGAGUCGGAUUUUUAUAAUUCACAACCUCCGAAUUUUCCACCACCCCCUUUACCUGUAAACAUAUUGUAUGAUAAAAUACCAGGCUCAAGCAAUUCCAGUAGUCAAUGUGGAUCAUAUACAACAGAAAAUAUAUAUGAAUUCAUCUCACAUGGACCACCAAAAUUACAAGGCAAUUCUUAUGAAAAUUGGAAUCCAACAAGUGAGAAAAGUUUCAGCUCUAGUGAUACAAGUAAUUUUAAUUCAGAUUGUAAAAAUAAUAAAUCAGACAAUUAUGAAAAUAUUCAUCCAAUCUACUUAUCAAACAAUAAAGAAAACUUUAAUGAUACAAAGUUAGUUGUAUUACAAUUUGAUCCUUUAGAAAAUUCAUUUGAUAGUUUAGUGACCAAACAGAAAGAAGAUGCUGAAGAAGCAUUAGAUGAGAAAGAAGUUGAAGAGGAAGUUGAUGAAGAAGUAGAAAAUGAAGAAUGCUCAUUACUACAAGAAAUUGAUGAAAUAUUAUACUCUUCACAUUACAGUACAAUUGAAUCUAAUAGUGUAGGGAACUAUGAGUUUGAAAAUUUAGAUGAUGAUUUGUAUAAUAUCCCUGAACCUCCAAAUCGUGUUGAUUCGAUUCAAGAAUCUGUUGGUUCUAUAGUGAUACCCACAGAUCAUGAGAAUAAUGGUUUAAAAGAAGAAAUUCAGAAUGAACCUAUUAUUGAAGAAAAACCUAGAAAAAAUUCCUUAAAAAGUUGGUUAAGUAUGAAACGUACCUUGAAAAAAGUAGCUGAUGGAUCAUCUGAAUCUGUUAGAAAAUUUAAAUCAAUAUUAAAACCAGAAGAAAAGAUUAAUAAAGAAGAUUUCGUUGAAGUAGAACAAUCUGGUAUUUUUUAUAAUGGUAUUUUAUUUGUUAGUAUUGAUGAAAAAAAUAAAGAUUUUGAAAAAAAAUGGUGUCAAAUUGUGGGUGGCCAGUUUAAAUAUUCAGCUAAUAAAAACCAAGUGGGAAAUUCAAUUUCAUUAGCAACAUUAUUAAGUAUUCAAAUAAUCAGUAAACCUAAACAAAGGUAAAUUUAUUAAUUAAUUUAUUUUUUUUGUAGUAGCACACUAUGCAUUUAUUUAUUUUUUCUUUUAUACAGUGAAGACGAGGAUAUAUUUUGCUUUCAAGUAAAAUUUAGGUCUCGCCCUCAAUUAGUAUUGUUUGGUGCUUUAUGUACGACAGAACGGCUAGUUUGGAUGCAGAAAUUUCUUGGAUCAGUGACUGGUUCAUUUUCACAUAAAAUAUCUACUGAAUUUAGUCGAGCUGGUUGUGCUACAUUAAAAGUAUACAUAUUUAUUUGAAUGCAAUUACAAAAAAAAAAAAAAAAAAAUUAGUUUUUAUUUAUUUCAUUUUCAUAAUGAUUUGUUAAUAGGAAGGUAUAAAUAAUGAGUGGAAACAAACCUGGUUAUUGUUACAUAAUAGAGUACUAGCCUAUACUAAAGAAAUCUGUGGACCAGAAUUGAUUGAUUUGAGAAAAGUCAGAACCGUAGGUUAGUAUCAUAUUUAUAUCACAAAUGUAUUAUAUUAUGUGUUAAUUUGUUGUAUUAUUUAUGUUACUAAUUGACAGAAGAUUUAAUUGAUAAAAAAAAAAAAAAUUUCAGGGACUCAAGAAGAUGAAGAAUUAAAAACUACUGUGUUAGUUAUAGAUUGUAUUACAAAAUUAAUUUAUUUAAAGUUUGAUGAAGAAUCAGAAAUUUUAAAAUGGCAGCAAUUAAUAAAAGCAGAAACUCUAAACACUAGUCCACAUUUAGAAGAUCAGCAGUUAAGUAAAGAUCAAGUCCCAGUAAUUGUUGAAAAAUGUGUGAAUUUUAUAUAUGCUCAUGGUAUGUUUUAUAGUUUUUAAAAAAUACAUUUCAAUAAUUUUAAAAUAAAAUAAAAAUUGUGUUGCAGGAUGUUUGACUGAAGGUGUUUACAGGCGUAGUGGCUCAUGCUCUAAUGCUACUAAACUUUUAUCUGCAUUUCGAAAAGAUGCUUGGGCUGUUCAGUUAAGUAAUCAAGAUUAUCCAGUAUACGAUGUAGCCAGUGUAUUAAAGCGAUUCUUUAGAGAUUUGCCAGAACCUGUGCUCACCACUGAACUCCAUACACAUCUUUGUAAUGCUGCUAAGUGCAAUUGUUCAGAAAACGAAAAAGUGAUACUUUACAGAAGCUUAUUAGAAAGGCUACCAGCUAUAAAUUAUGUAACUGUGCGCAAACUCCUGAGUCAUUUGUAUUACAUUCAACUUCAGAAUGAUAAAAACCUGAUGACUGUACAAAAUUUAUCAUCUAUUUGGGGUCCGACUUUAAUGCAUACAGAAGUAUGUUUAAAUCAUUAUUUGGCCUUUUAAAGUAUAUAAUGUAUUAUUUUAAUUUAAACACAAUUUUAGGACAGUGAUUCACUCAAUUGGUCGAAAAUAGAGUCUGAAGUUGUUAAUGACCUUAUAAUAUUAUAUCCUCAAUUGUUUUAUGUGGAAGAUGACGAAAUCAAGCGAGAAGAUAGAAUUUUAGAAGCUUUAAUACAAUAUAAUUUAUCAAAUGGUAAUGUUCCUCAACCAUCAAAACCCUCUGGAGAUUUAAAAAUUUGGAUAUAUUUAGGAUCAAAAGACAGUGAAAAUUGUGUCAAUGUCACUGUAAGUUAAUUUUUUUAAAUUUCUAAUUAAAAAAUGUACUUUUUAUUAUUUAAGAUUUGUAUUUCAGUUGAGUCCGAAUAAAACCGCUUUAAUGGUUUGUGAUGAGCUUGCAAAUAAAAUGGGAGCUUGCGGAGGUCAUUUACUUGGCUUACAGGAAGUAAUUUGUAAUGGAACAAUGAUUCGUCCAAUUCAUUUUUCAGAGUUUUUAUUGGACAUAGUCCUGUCAUGGGCUUAUUGGAAUGUAACAUAUAGAAAAGAUAAUUAUAUUGUUUGUCUCCAACCUAAUUCUUUACUCAUUGAAAUAAUGCCAUUUGUAAGUAAUAAAUAGAUCCAUUGAGAAUUUAUAAAUGUGUAAUUAUUUUAUUUUUUAGGUUAAAGAACCUUUAACUAUAUGUACAGAAUUGAAAUUUGCAGAACAAAAGAGCAAAUCAUUUAAAACAUAUUUAUUUGAAAUUAGUGGGGGUAAAUUAAUAUGUUACAAAGAUAAAUCAGUAAGUUUAUAUUUAACGAUACUAAGUGUAUUUAUAAAUUUAUACUUUUUAUCUAAUUUCAUUUUUAAAUUUAGGGAUCAUUGUCAUUAUUUGAAUGGUUUAUUAAAGAUUUAAUUUGGUAUAUUGGAUGUGAACCAAAAAGAAAUCCUCACACUAGGUAAAUAUUAGUAUAUUUAAUAAGUAAUGAGCAAGUUUUUCUUUUGGAAUCUGCGGGAUAUUUGCAUAAGUUGCUGGAUCUGUGACUACUUAAAAAAUAAUAACGAAAGUAGUUAGAUAUUACAUUAUAUUAUACUAUUACUACAAUUUUUAGUAUAUGUUUUGUUUUUUCUUAUAUUUUAUUUGAUAGGCAGGUAAUGGUAAUUAGUGGAAAUUAUUACCCAGUCGAACUUGGUUAACUCAAACUUGAACAGAUCAGGGGAAAACAUUUUGAAUUAGCCAAAAAUAUAAAAGUGUUUUAUUUAAAACAGUUCAAAAUAUAUUAUACUAUUUGCAUAUAUAGUAGAUAAUUAUAUAUUUUUUAGCUUUUACUUUUAUUUAAAGUCAAAUACUUUUGUUGCGUGUCUGUUUAAACCACGUGUAAAUACACUAAUCGCCAUCAAGUCAUAUCUUAUUCCAUCUAUCCAUUGCUUCUUUGGACUUUAAAAAUUUAGUUAUUACAUUUCUAUUAUUAUUUUAUGAUUUAAAUGCUUUAUUUAUUAUUCUUUUUUAUUUAAUUGUUUUGUAGAUGGUGUAUAACAUUUAUUUUAAAGAGUGAACUACCAAAGGAGUAAGUAAAAUGAAAUGAAAUUAAGCAAUUAGGUUAUUUAUUUGAAAAUUAAUUUGUAUUCAUGUAUUCUACUAAAUUAUUCUUAUACAGAUUAAAAGACAAUUUUGGUUGGUCAAUUGCCGGUACUACUAAAGAAGAUCAUUUACGCUGGAUGGCGGCAUUGUUACUAGCUCAAUAUGGAGUAGAUCAUAUUGCACCCCCUGUGACUAUCAAUUUAUUAGAUUAUUAAAAUAACUUUAACUAAUUAUUUUAAAUAUAAUUUACUCAAUUACAGACUUAUUAAUUGUACUUGAAUUAAUGAGGUAGAUAUAAAACAUUGUAUUUGGGGUUUUUAAACAAUUUUAUAACAGAGUUUUUCUUUAAUAUUUUAAUUUCGAGUAAUUAAGAACUAUUAUUUAUAUUUAUUUUGUAUUAAAGAGUUAAAUUGGGUUUAUUAUUAUUGAAAUAGCAUUUUUGAUAUGGAUUAUUAUACAAAGUGACCCACUUUGUUAUUCUGUGUAGUUAUAUAAGAAAACUGGAAAAAUACGGUGGUGUGUUCUAUAUGAUGUAAUUAUCAAAAUUAACUACACAUUUUUUAAAAAUGGUUAUUUAAUAAAUUAUUCACAAUUUAACAGAUAAUACAAUAUCAAUGAUCUCAUUUAAAUUCAUUAUAAUUGUUUACAUUUUGAAGUCGGAAUGUUUGUGUUUAUUACAACUUUCUUGCCAUUUAUGGAAUUCAUACUAGUCGAGUUCUAAAUGUUUAUUUAUACUUAUUUUUGAUUUUAUAUUCCACACCUUAUAUUGAAUAUUAUAUUAAUGGACCGUUUUAUUUGGUUUUUAAGUUUUUAUAUAGAAAUAAAUGUAUUAUUACACUAUUGUAUUGUUUAAAGAAUACCAUUCAUUGUUUGGUAUAAUCAGAACAUUUUUCUAAAAUUAAAAAUUAGGUAUACUUAUUUUAAAUAGUAAACAAACUUAUUAUAACAAGUUUCUUAAUCCUAUAAUAUUCUACUAUUGUGAUUAUUUUAUUCCUCUAACCGAAUAAUAUGUGUAGGUAACUAACACUUUUAUUUUGCACCAUUUGGGAUUCAGUUAUUAAAUACAAUAUUGUGGUGCUACUGAUGUGAUAAUUAAAAUUUAAGAUAAUUUUUUGUAAACAAAUAUGAACAUUGAAAGUACUUAUAUACUUAUUUAUUCCUGUUAUUAUUAGAUACAUACUGUAUAUGUCGUGGUUUUAAUUUGUAUUGAACGUAGUUCAAAACAAAGAUUAAAACCAAUAACGAGCUACCUAUAUUUAGAUUUUUAAAUUAAUAUAUGAGAUCAAAAAGAACUAUUAUACCUGUAUAUAUUUUUAUAUUGGCACAGUCUACAAAUAUUCAGUUUUGUGACAGGUUCAAAUGUUGUUUUCCUAGUAACUAAACUAGUAAAUUAUACAUAGGCAGUACUUAUUAUUUAAGGUAUAUAUUUAUAUGAACUACAUUUUUCGUUAUACAUUUAUUUAUUAUUGAUCAUUUCGAAAAUGUUAAAUAUUUAUUGAAUUUUAUACAAAAUACCAGUUGUAAGUGAUUACAAUGUUUACUUAUGUUAAAAUAUUAGAAAUCUUAAAUUUUGUAAGACUUUUUGAAAAUAUAUAUUCUUUAAUUAAAUUGUUCGAUUUUUUUUGAUUAA